CAUCACCAGCCGAUGACAACUCCAUUGCAGUUCACGUUCAUAUUCCACCACACAUUUCCUAAAAAAUCCUGAAAAUUAAAUCAAAAGUUGCCUCAUGCCAUAGAAAUAACCAAAUGUUGUUGUUUCGUAAUUUAGCCCGAGUCCAGUUUACCAAGACCCAUCUCCACGGAAUAUAAAUAUUUAGCCGUUUAUUUAUACCAGGGAACCGGAAUACUUAAAGAGCUGUGACAUGCUGCCGAAUCCUACUUGGCGAAUGAAGAAAACGACAACAUCUUUGUGACUUGAAAUACUAUGGCUGAGAGGAAUGACGUCGAUGAUGAAGGACAGGACGAUCUUGCCUGGGUCGACGAGGGAGAUGUUCUUGCUGAUGCCCUGACUGUCGAAGAACCAGUGGAUGACUCUUUCAACUUCCCAAACCAAGUCUGCAGUCACUGCGAUGGUUACUACGGUCCCUGUUUUGGUCAGCACACUUGCACCACCUGCCAUCUUUUCCUCUUCCCAGACAACAUCAACCAACCUCCAGAGGCCAAUUUUAGCGAACACAAGACAGAUGAUGACGACUCUGGGAAUGAUGAACCGAGCGAUCUGCCUACAGAUUUCAAAGACAUUGGAUUCUGUGGAUUCCAUGGCCAAAACAGUUCCCACCCAGCCCUUUCACCUGCUGCGCCUAGGAGGGCAGAACCAUUUCGAUGGCCAGUAGCACCUCUUAAAAUUGACAGGCUUGCUGAGCAGUUGUCACUCCUUUCCACUCCGAGACUGACAGACUCCACAUUGACUGCAGUACAGGCCUUACCACCAGAGUUGUUGAUCCAAGUGUUUUCCCACCUGGACGACAUUUCAUUGUGGAGCGCCUCUAAUGUCUGCAAGAGGUGGCAGCAGCUUGUGGAGGAAUGCGUCACCAAUGAUCAAUGGAAUCAGUUUACCUUCCGAAGAUGGCCGCUCUUUCGACCCAACUACACGGUGGCAGAAUGGGCCGGAGUCUUUGCUAAUUUAGUGGAUAGUUCCCCUUGUCUUUAUUGUUUACAUCGUUCCAAUGUCGAAGAGGAAGGCGCCUGGGAGCCUUCGAAUCACUGGCGCAACAAUCGGCUAUGCAACGAGUGGAGAAUCUUUUGUACGGACCCUCCUGAAGGCAUCAGAGCCACUCCGUUGGAUCGGGCGUGGAGCCACUGGCAAGCAUCCAUCACUGGACCUCAUAGCAGUCCUUACGAAGGUGGCGUCUUUUACCUUCACGUUCAGAUCCCUCACAGCUACCCGAUCAGACCGCCGUCGGUUCGAUUUGCUACCAAGAUUUUCCAUCCCAACAUCUCACGUCACGGUGAUAUCGGGCUGGAUUGUAUCCAGCACAACUGGAGUCUCGCUCUGACUAUCGCCAAAGUGCUUAUAUCUAUUCAGAGCUUAUUGACUGAUCCGUUUUGCGCCGUUGCCAUGGAGACGGACGUAGCCGAGAUGUACACAAAUCAGCGGGCCCGUUUCAACGCUGUCGCCCGUAACUGGACGAGCAAAUACGCCAUGAACGACGUCCGUCGACCUUGUUGAAUCGUCAAGUGACAUGAUGUCAUGUAGAGUGUAAUUAAUUAGUUGUGUUUCGGUCGGAGCAGAUGCUGCAGACUCGGCAGGCAGGCAGCUUAGUCGUCGUCGUUUGUCAAGAUGGAAGAGAGAAAGAAAAGGAUUGAAGUAGUUGCCGUCGUACAUUAGGGCCCUCAAGUCCUUCAUUCCCUUUUGCUUUCGUUCUCAAUAUGGUUCAAAAAUAACAUACUAAAAACUAUUACAUUUACGUGUCUCCCUUCCACUUGUGUCUCUUUCACUCUCAACUAUUUUCUAAAACUGCAAUUCAUUUCGCUUCCAUAUCCCCCCCGUGGCUGGACACUACGGCAGUCGUCAACACUUUCCCGGAUCCCAUUUUGUUUUCUUACCUUUGAUUAUUUUGUUGCCCAAUUGUAUGUGUAUGUUCGGUUUCCAGCCCGGUGUUGUUUCCUCUCUCUCACCUGAUUCAAAUGUCUUUAAAUAAUGUAAAUAAAAACAACUCAGCGCGGUA